AUGAGUCGCACGUGCAAGCUCGGGGUCCUGGCCGCGCUCGCGUUGGCUACAGUGCCCGCGUCCGCCAGCUGUCCGUUCCUCGGUGGCCAGAAGGGCUCGCAACCCGACCUAGGCGUCGGCGUGGACCGUGCCCUGGGGUCCUACGAUGACAGCUACUACUCCGGAAGCGGCGCGGACUUCUCGCGGGAGACCUACGAAGCCCUCCAGGCCGACAUCACGGCCGUGUUCACGGACUCGCAGGACUUCUGGCCGGCCGACUUCGGCAACUACGCGCCGCUGAUGAUCCGCCUCGCGUGGCACUGCAACGGCAACUACCGCCAGUCGGACGGCCGCGGCGGGUGCGACGGCGGCCGGAUCCGCUUCAACCCGGAGCGCAGCUGGGCCGACAACACCAACCUCGACAAGGCGCUGACCCUGCUGCAGCCCAUCAAGCUCAAGUACGGCGACGCCGUGUCGUGGGGGGACCUCAUCACCCUCACGGGUAACGAGGCGAUCCGGUCGAUGGGGGGCCCCGUGCUUGGGUUCUGCGCCGGGAGGCUGGACGACGCCUCCGGGUUCGACAGCCUCGAGCUCGGACCCUCCCCCGAGCAGGAGGCCGUCGCUCCCUGCGCCGUCAACGGGACGUGCGAAUUUCCCCUCGGUACCAGCACGGUGGGGUUGAUCUACGUGAAUCCGGAGGGGCCCCUCGGUGUUCCCGACCCCGCCGGCAGCGCUGCCGAUAUCCGUGACGUGUUUAGGCGCAUGGGCAUGAACGACAGCGAGACCGUGGCUCUUAUCGGCGGAGGGCACGCGUUUGGAAAAUUCCACGGCGCGUGCGCCACCGGCCCCGGCGCCGACCCCACCGACGCUCCCGAAGCCCCCUGGCCAGGCACGUGCGGCGACCCCGACUCCCCGACCUUCGGCCGCGCGGAGAACACCUUCACGAGCGGGUUCGAGGGCCAGUGGACGGUGGAGCCCCUUGUGUGGGACAACGCGUACUUCAAGGACCUCCUCGAGUACGACUGGGUGAUGACCGAGAGCCCCGCGGACCAGGUUCAGUGGUUCCCGGUCCUGAAGGAAGGGGCCACGGAGACGAAGGACGAGAUCCCCGACAUCAUCAUGCUCACCAGCGACAUCGCCUUAUUGUAUGACGAGGAAUACCUCGCUCUCGUGGAACUCUUCGCCAGCGAUCUGUCCUACCUCGACACCGCCUUCGCCGCGGCUUGGUACAAGCUCACCUCCCGGGACAUGGGCCAGUUCCAGCGCUGCGUGGGCACCGACGUGGCGCCGCCCCAGGACUUCCAGCUGCCUCUCCCGGAAGCGCCGACCGACCUCCCCGACACCGAAGGGGCCAAGUCGGCGAUCAUGAGCAUCCUGUCCAGUGACCCGUCCUACCCCGCCCUGUUCGUCACGCUGGCUUGGCAGUGCGCGUCCACGUACCGCUCCACGGACUACCUGGGCGGCUGCAACGGGGCGAGGAUCCGCUUCUCUCCCGAGAGGGACUGGGCCGGCAACCAGAGUCUCGACCAGGUGCUGAGCCUUCUCUCGCUCGUGCAAGACGAGUACCCGGACGUGUCCUACGCCGACCUGAUCGUGCUCGCGGGAAACCUCGCCCUCGACCUCGACGACCUCCCGUUCUGCGCCGGCCGCGUCGACGCCGCCGAGGGCGACGAGCUCAUCUCGAUCCUCGAGCCCCGCGAGUACGACGACGUGAUCGUGGGCGUGCGCGACCGCAUGAAGAUCAGGGGCCUAUCGGUCGCGCAGAUGGUGGCCCUCGCCGGCCGCCCCCGCAGCGCCUCGCACAUGGUCGCCCUCGGGUUCAGCGGGUCCUACACGGACGAAGAAAACCCGGCCCUCUCCAACGCCUUCUACGUCACCCUCCUCACCGAGACCUGGGAAGAGGUGCCAGGAUCCAACGGGCAGGAGUUCCAGGCCGUCGGCAGGUCCGGCAUUUACGUGCUGGCGACGGACCUCGCCCUGGUCUGGGACCCGGAGUUUAAGGCCCAGACCGUCAUGUACGCCGAGGACAACGAGCAGUUCCUGAAGGACUUCGCGUCGGCUUGGACCGCCGUCAUGAACGCCGACCGCUUUGACGGCCCCACCGGUAACGUCUGUGACGACGCCCCGGACAGCGACGACAGCUCUGACGACAGCAGCAGCGACUCUGACAGUAGUGACAGCAGCAGUAGCGACAGCGACAGCGACGACCACUAA